AUGGAUUCCAAGAAAACAAAAACAUCUGCAGAAGAACAGGAAAAGAAAGAAAAACAUACAGAACCAGCAAAGCCACCAAAGAAGGAACAUUCAGCUCCAAGUGAAAAAGAAGUAAAAGCAAAAAUUGAUCGAGCCAAGGAAGAGGCUGGAGCUGCCUCCACUAAAAAAGGUGUACCUGGAAAGAAGGAAGAGAAAACAACCAAAGCAGUGGAGCAAGAAAUUAGAAAAGAAAAAUCUGAGAAGACUUCUUCAGUUCUGAAAGAUAAAGAGCCUAUUAAGGGGAAAGAAGUGAAGUUGGCAGCUUCCCCAAAGGAAAAAGGCAAAGAAGUCAAGCCUAAGCUUCCACAGCCACAACUAAAAAAAGAAGGGAAGCCAGAAGAUUCUGAAGAUGUUCCAGCUCCAAAGAAAGCUGAAGAGUUUUACAGGAACCCACCUCCAAAGCCCAUCUAUGGAGACCAGUUAAGCACUUCUAACCUGGAGAAAGGGGCUCAAAUGAAUAGCUUCAAAUUAUCCGUCACUAGGAAAACACGUGGUGCACGUCACAACAGCAAAAGAAGUCCUAGUGUCAGAUUAGAAAAGGAAGGGACCCAGGAUACAGGCCUGCUGCUAUUAUUUCACGGCGAGGAUGAUCACUGA